AUGUCAUGCACUCAACAUCCCCGGGCUCAUUAUUUCAAGAACAAUGAUCAACGCCGGCUUUACUGCAUUGUCGACACACCGGGCGUCGGCGAUUGUCAGGGAAUCGAAAAGGACAAGGAGAACAUGCAAAACAUCGUGAACUUCAUGGGAAAUUUGGGCAAAAUCAACUUGAUUUGCUUCUUGUUGGACCCAAAUGAAGCACGACUCGAUCCACCUUUCGAGUUCUGCUUCAAGGAGCUGAUUAUGCAAUUCCAUCGUUCAGCCAUCCAUAACAUUGCCUUUUGUUUUACAAAAGCUAGCGGUGUGGGAUAUAAGGUAUCAGAGACAAUCGUCCCGCUACAAACACUAGUCAACGAGAUCAAAAAAAGACAAGGAAUCGAAAUUGUGCUAAACGACAAGAAUCUCUUCGUUUUUGACAACAUCGCCUAUCGAUAUUUGGCUUAUUUGCACAAAAUGGAAGAACCCGAAAAGGAUCAAACCCUUCUCGAUUUGUAUGCUCGGAGCUACAAAGUGUCGGCAAAUGAAACGAAGAAGAUGCUCGAUCAAGCCCUACAAACACCGCCACAUCGAGUUGGUGAAACGAUUAACGAGAUCAAGGCUCAAGAAAAGAGAGCUCAAGAAAAUCGGGGAAAGGAGAGCGAAAUGUUGAAAGUGCUGAAAGUAAAGGUUCGAUUCUAUCGCUUCAAGAUGACUUACGUAGAUGAGAUGGUUUGCAAGAAUUGUACAACUUAUGUAGAGUACACUGGAGUCGAGAGGGACAAGGUGAUCGAAGCGGAUCCGAGUCUAGCCAAAAAAAACCCGGUGGUGAUGGUGCGGGGUGGGCACGCUGAAAAGGUUGACGGUAAAUGGACAUGCAAAGAAUGUGGACCGAAUUUUCCCCAAGUGAUGGUCGAUCGUUCUUUUGCCAAAGUCUACGAGGAUCGAGAAGAGAUCGAUGAAUGUGUUCAGAAGCGAUUGAAAGAAGCAAUAAAUGACCGUGAACGUUGUGAAAUUCUGAUUGAACAAAAAUCUUUGUUAAAAGAGCAGUUGGAGCAAGAGAUGCGAUCGAUUCAAAAGGCGGCCGCUCAAUUUGGUGUUUUCCUGAAAGAAAACUCGAUCACCGCCUACAAUGAUAUCACCGAACAGUAUCUGUUGAUUCUUAUGGAUCUAGAAGAGAAACAGGGGGCCCGACGAGGUGCGCGGUAUAAGAGUCUCGCCAAAAUGCUCGAGAUUCACAAAAAAGAGAAGAUCACAUCGGAUGAUGUGAUCAAAACGGCGGAAGCGUUGAAAAAAUUGAAGCACUAUGGAAAGGAUAUUCAUCAAGCGUUGGAAGGAGUGAAACAAUGGGUGGCGAAGGGUGGAGACGUCGAACCGCCAAGCGUCUACAAUCCAAGCCGUCAAAAAAAUCGUUUCCUCAACUUUCUUCCCAACUUCGUCACGAAACGUCUU